UGCAUUUGAGCCAUAUACCCCACGUGGCAGGCCUUUAUUUCAAGCCAGCACUGGAGUGUGUGUGAGUCGCAAGGCGAUUAAUCUCGGCUGUGGAGGUUGGGGGAAGGCAGUGAAAUGCUCUGCCUGGCUUCUUUCCACGUGGGCCUCUGCAGUACUGGCUUUGACUUCCUUCCCCGACACCUGGUGACCCGGGAACAAUAGACUCUGCUUCAGGUUGAAGAUGAAAUCCACUGGGGAGGGAAAGCCUGGGUCUUUAGCACUCUGUGUGCCAGCCCAGAAGUGGCUCUGUGAAAGCCUCCCUGAAAAUCAAGUGGGCUUGGAUUUGGAUCAAAUCUAUAGACCUCCCUGAAAAUCAAGUGGGCUUGGAUUUGGAUUCUCAAUAGAAAGGGUUAAAGGCUCAUGGGACCAUACAGGCAGAGAUGUUUAAGUAGUUGAUAGAUCCUGUAGUUUAACUUGACUCCUGGAUAGAAGCUGGAUUCAUUUGAUAGCAGAGAAGUAAAAUUUCAAGAGAUCUAAACCAGAUCUGAAUCUCAGUUUUCUAGUCUGGACCUCUUCAGUGCUAUAAAUCCUGGAUAUACAAUAGAUGAUGACUGCAUUUUUCUUUUACGCAUGAAGGUAGAUGAUUCUUCAAAUUAAAGAUGGAAGCUGACUUUUCUCACCAGAAAUCAACAACUUGGAAAAAUCCAUUUUAAUGGCAAUUCAGCAAGCUAUUUACAUGGAAUAACUGAGACUUAAACCUCAAUUCUGAUGUAAAAUGUAUAUGUAGGUAUCGCACAAUUUCUGAGAAUUUCUCCUGAUACUGAGAAAGCCCGGGCUGCCGGCCACAACUUUCCAACUUCUCCUAGGACACACAGCUGGGACCCAAGCCGGCCCGGCCGCCUUCUCAGCUCCCCCCGCACGCCCUGCUGUAGUCGGAGACUCUAAAGAUAGGCACGUGAUAAGAAGGAUGUUACUCUUGUGCCAGUUGGGAGUUAAGGGCACUCAGUGACCGGACUGUGGGAUUCCAAAGCGGGAAGCCAACUCUAGAGGCCGUCGGAUUCGCUCCCUCGCGGCUUGAGUCCGGUGCCACAGUCCAGAAGAUCCCGGCAUCCUGAGCGCCCCACCCACACGCCCAGCAGGCCCCGGGCGACACCACGCAUGCGCUCUCUGGCCUCUCUGACGUAGUGUGGCGUGGACGCCAGCGGUCUCAGCCGGGCGGAGAAUCCUGGUUCCUGGUGGAGUUGUGGAGGCAGCGACGCUUUCCCGCGCUUUUUGGCUCUUUUCAGCAUCUGGAGACCUCACUAUCCUAUUUAUUAUGUCUUUGUGUGAAGACAUGCUGCUCUGUAAUUAUCGAAAGUGUCGCAUCAAACUCUCUGGUUAUGCAUGGGUCACUGCCUGUUCUCAUAUCUUCUGUGAUCAGCACGGUAGUGGUGAGUUUAGUCGUUCACCAGCUAUCUGUCCUGCCUGCAACAGUACCCUUUCUGGAAAGCUAGAUAUUGUCCGCACAGAACUCAGUCCAUCAGAGGAAUAUAAAGCUAUGGUAUUGGCAGGACUGCGACCGGAGAUUGUGCUGGACAUUAGCUCACGAGCACUGGCCUUCUGGACAUACCAGGUACAUCAGGAGCGUCUUUAUCAAGAAUAUAAUUUUAGCAAGGCUGAGGGCCAUCUGAAACAGAUGGAGAAGAUAUAUACUCAGCAAAUACAAAGCAAGGAUGUAGAAUUAACCUCUAUGAAAGGGGAAGUCACCUCCAUGAAGAAAGUGCUAGAAGAAUACAAGAAGAAGUUCAGUGACAUCUCUGAGAAACUGAUGGAGCGCAAUCGCCAGUAUCAAAAGCUCCAAGGCCUCUACGAUAGUCUUAGGCUACGAAACCUAACUAUUGCUAACCAAGAAGGUACACUCGAACCAUCUGUGAUCACACAGUCUGGUGUUUUUGGCUUCCCAGUAGGGAACAACUCCAAGUUUUCUUUGGAUAAUACACCAGUUCGAAAUCGAGGUGGUGGAGAUGGAGAUUUUCAGUUCAGACCAUUUUUUGUGGGUUCUCCCACAGCACCUGAACCCAGCAAUAGCUUUUUCAGUUUUGCCUCUCCAAGUCGUGAAUUACAGCAGGAGCAGGUCUCUAGCAGGGCCUUCAAAGUAAAAAGAAUUUAGCUCACUUCAUAGAAUGUUUCUCUUUUCACUUUCAGUAAUUUCGUUUAGCAAAUAAUCUUUAUUGUAGAUAAGAGUCGUCAACCUUUUUGUGCAUUUUUUAAGGCUUUGAAGUUGUCUUCCUUCACAUUAUCAACUUGUAAGAAACUCAGUGGCAGUGAGGAGUGACUUUAAAGUCUGGUUUCUUUGUUUCAAUUAUUUAAAACAUGAACAUUUUAAUAAUCUCAAUUUCAUCAUUAACUGUUGAGUUUUCAUCACUAGUGAAAAGGUCAUGAUGUUGCUUUGUGUUUCAUAGAUCAUUAUUUCUGUCUGGGCUGUUUCUGAUUGAGUUCUGUGUUUAUGCGUAUGUAUGUAAGAACCUAUGUUAUAUGUCUACAUUUCACUUUGGAUCCUGGUAUAUAUGUACAUAUGUAUAUGUAGGUGUGUUAAUUUACACUGAUAUUUUGCUGUAUUUGCCAAUAUAUUUGUGUGAAAAUUUUGGUUUUGGAAAAUGGUGGGUGCUCUGUAGCUUGUUAUUUGGGUGUGUGUCUUUAUUUGUAUAUUAACAUGUUUGGAGGUACGCUCAUGCCAGUGAAUAAGAGUACAAUUUGACACAUGUAUGUUCAAUCCCUAUUUGUCUUUAAAAAUAAAUCACAUUGAUAAAGUUA